AACGAUGUAGACUUGUAGGUGUCAUCAGGUACCGUGUGUCAAGUUGUCGUCCGUCUCAGACAAAGCGGACGCCGAUGUCUUAAUCGCUUUUGUUACAAAGAUGGCUAUAUUAACGAACGUUGUCUGCCGCAUAAGAUCGCCAUUUUAUGGUCCAACAAAUGCUUACCCACAAAAUGUUAUUUAGUAUUGAUAUUACUUAUUUGUGGUCAGCUAUUAAAAAUUGGUACUCAGUCAGUGCCGGCCUGAAUAACCAGCUGGAAGGGGAGCUCCCACAGUACAUAGCUGGAAGAUACGAUGGACCUGAUAACAAUAUGCUUGGAACGAGCUCACUAGCCUGUAAGAGAUCAACUGGUGCCGAUGGUAACGCUGAGAAGCCAGAACCCCCAUCUGCUGACCAAGACUUUGUUCCCAAAAAAUGAGAAAGCACUCAAGAAGGCACGGCGUAGCUCCACCUGGUUGUCUUAACUCACCACUACAUUUGCUUAUUUAAAUAAGGAUUUUUAGUAAUGCUAGCACUUCCAUUUAGUAAAAAAUUCACUUUACGUUGUGGUGGACAUUUUAAAUUAUAACUAGAUUCUCAC